AUGAGUGAUGGGGAAGUGCUGCCCCCUGGAUGGGAAAAGCGGCUUUUAGUCAUGCAAAAUUAUUACCUGAACACUUACACUAAGGAUAGUCAGUGGGAUGCCCCCACAGAGGCAGCAAAGCCGCCGAGCUCUGAAAAGGUCCAGUGUUCCCAUUUGCUGGUGAAGCACAGGGACUCUCGCAGGCCAUCGUCCUGGAAAGAAGAAAACAUUACGAGGACCAGAGACGAAGCUUUGGAGCUAAUCGAAGGCUUCCGUGAGAAGUUGGAUGCGGAGUCGGCGACAUUCGAGGAAUUGGCGUCCGUGCAUUCGGAUUGUUCUUCUGCCAAACGUGGCGGUGAUUUGGGUCCAUUCGGACGUGGAGUGAGGGGACGGGGGUGCGGUGGUGUGGAGUACACCACUACUGGUGUAGUACUAGUAGUGCCACUACUGAGCUUUUCGCAGUCGUCCGCGGAUAGUGAGAUUCGUUGGCCCAUGAUGUGUUUGCCCUCGACGAAUGAUCUCGUUGUUAGUGUCGGCGUGCCGGGACGAAGUGCGAACGCAUCCUUCAGCUUUUCGCAGUCGUCCGCGGAUAGUGAGAUUCGUUGGCCCAUGAUGUGUGUGCCCUCGACGAAUGAUCUCGUUGUUAGUGUCGGCGUGCCGGGACAAAGUGCGAACGCAUCCUUCGUAUAA